GGGCAUGUGUCUUACAGGCAGUACACGGCAGAACGCCAAGCCAGUCUGAGAAUUCCUGUUUAGUUGAAACUGCAAGCAUUAUUUUUGACAAUUAUUUACUACUGAAUAUUCAGUGGGUGAAAUUGAAGGCUUUCACUCAGAAGAUAUCAAGAAAAAGAACCUGAGGCACACGGGCUCCUGGGCUGCUGUGGAUGGCCUUGGCUCUCCUGACCACUCUUCCCAGUAGGAUGUCCCUGAGAUCCCUCAAAUGGAGCCUCCUGCUGCUAUCACUCCUGAGCUUCCUCGUGAUGUGGUACCUCAGCUUGCCCCACUACAAAGUGAUAGAACAUGUAAACUGAAUGUACUUCUAUGAGUAUGGGCCAAUUUACAGACAAGACUUCUGCUUCACACUUCGAGAGCAUUCAAACUGCUCUCAUCAAAACCCCUUUCUUGUCAUCCUGGUGAUCUCACGCCCCUCAGAUGUGAAAGCCAGACAGGCCAUUAGAGUAACUUGGGGCGAAAAAAAGUCUUGGUGGGGAUAUGAAGUUCUCACAUUUUUCUUACUGGGCCAACAGGCUGAAAGGGAAGACAAAGUGUUAGCCCUGUCCUUGGAGAAUGAACACCUUCUUUAUGGUGACAUAAUACGACAAAAUUUUUUAGAUACAUAUAAUAACUUGACCUUGAAAACUAUUAUGGCAUUCAGAUGGGUAACUGAGUUUUGCCCCAACGCCGAGUACAUCAUGAAGACAGAUACUGAUGUUUUCAUCAAUACUGGCAAUUUAGUGAAGUAUCUUUUGAAUUUAAACCACUCAGAGAAGUUUUUCACAGGUUAUCCUCUAAUUGAUAAUUACUCCUAUACAGGAUUUUUCCAAAAAAUUCAUAUAUCAUACCAGGAGUAUCCCUUCAAGGUGUUCCCUCCCUACUGCAGUGGGUUGGGUUACAUAAUGUCCAGAGAUUUGGUGCCAAGAAUCUAUGAAAUGAUGAGUCACGUAAAACCUAUCAAGUUUGAAGAUGUGUAUGUUGGCAUCUGUUUGAAUUUAUUAAAAGUGAACAUUCAUAUUCCCGAAGAUACAAACAUUUUCUUUUUAUACAGGAUCCAUUUGGAUGUCUGUCAACUUAGACAUGUGAUUGCAACCCAUGGCUUUUCUUCCAAGGAAAUUAUCACAUUUUGGCAGGUUAUGCUAAGGAACACUACAUGCCAUUACUAAUCUGACAUUCUACCAAAACUCUAGAGAUGGACAGGAUACUUUGUGGGAAGUGUUAAAGUUGGUACUGCAAACUCUCCAGUGGAAAAGUCCUGGGAAGGUCCCUGUGCUGGCUUACACUGACCUGAAACUCCCAGAGAACCCGUAAACUAGAGAUUACACUUUACUUGCGGGUUAUUUAGACAGAAAUCAAGUCAGACCCUUUAAAGAUAAUAUGCAGAGGAAUUAAACAUCUUAUAAAGGAAUUGGAAGUCCUUGUUAAUAAAGCAAGUAGGACCCAACAAUCUGAACAUGUCCUUCAAUAGACUAGAACUUCUUAACAGGGUUUCAUUGAAUUAUAAGCUCAUUAGUCUGUAACUACAAAGCAACGUGGAGUUCUAUUCAUUGAACAAUCUAUGUCAGUUAAGGGUUUUGUGUAUAUCUUAUGUGGAUUACUGGUUUUUAAAAAUAUGUAGUUCUGUGUAAAAAGUUACACUGAGCAAAAUUUCAUCUGUUUUUGGUCAUUUCAAAAGGUCAUUCAGCAGCAUUUCAGUGUUACUAGUUAUUUUUUAAUAUCACGUAGUACUCUUCCUUGUGUUUGGUGAAUGUUAUGCUUAUUUCAGUACUGUAUAAAUGGAAUAGUGAAUUACCCUUUACAUUUGAACUUUGUUUCCAGUUACUUUUCUGAUGAGUUUAUUUUCAAUAGCUCUGUUGAUGUAAAGUCAUUGGUUUUUGGCAUGUCGGUAAUCUCUUGGACUUCUAUAAAUAUUUCACCGUGGUAAUACAGAGAAGAAUUAAAGCAAGAAGA